AUCAGAUUGAAGGACGGGAUACUCGAUAUUGAAUGUCAAUUGUCGACUUGGACUUUGCUUGGAGGUCGUACAUCGAUCGAAACGUUCACGGUCAAUUGCUGCAAAACAAAGCUCGUCUUUCCCCAGAGUCAGUCCCACCGCCUAACCUUACCUAGUUUCGCUUAGUCGACACUUCAAGACCUCAACUCUCGCUCACCCCGCAAUAGGUACCUGAGUCAUUCACGUGCCCGUCUCCAGAGAUGCAGAAGAGAGUCUCAGAUACAUCAAUGAAGCAGUUAUGAACUUGCCCUUUCGUUUGCAAUAUGCCGGCCAUGAACCGGACAUUCGCUCGUACCUCUGUCCCUAAACCAUCGCUCUUCCAGUCAAGUCGCCACUCUCUGUCCACCUCCACCUUCCGAGCACGAGAAUCGCAUUUCCGCCGUUCAGACUUCCAAUCUCAAGGAUUUACAGGCACUUAUGAGCCUGGACAACCUACUGUUGGACCAUUGGGUCAAGCUUCGAAACAUGGAGCUCCGAGGUUAACACCUUCAUUGCUGAAAGAGCACUUGGAUAAAUACGUGGUUGGACAAGACAAGGCAAAGAAAGUCACAGCAGUAGCUAUAUAUAAUCAUUAUCAGCGGAUCCGAGAAUUACAGCGUCAAGAGGAUGAGGAGCAGGCACGAAGAGAGCAAGAAGCAAGAUGGGAGUUGAGAGAAAGAGAACGAACCUCUCAUCCCGUUGAAAAUGAAUACCCAGGUCAUGUCGAGACAGUAGAUCUCAAUGCACCUCUACGCUCUCCUGACCCAGAACCAGAACUAGGAACUCGUCCCUUACAAGAUGACAGCAAAACCAUCAUCGAAAAGUCCAACAUCCUUCUCCUCGGUCCCUCAGGUGUUGGCAAAACCUACAUUCUUUCAACACUAGCCCGAGUCCUCGAAGUCCCCUUCGCAACCGUAGACUGCUCAUCACUCACCCAAGCCGGCUACAUAGGAACCGACAUCGAAUCCUCCAUCGAGCGUCUCCUCCUCGCGGCCUCCCACUCCAUCACCAAAUGCGAAACCGGCAUAAUAUUCUUCGACGAAGUCGACAAGCUAGCGAAACCCGCCAUCAUGACCCACGGCCGCGACGUCUCAGGCGAAGGCGUACAACAAGGCCUCCUCAAGAUGAUCGAAGGAACCACCGUAACAGUAAACGCCAAAUCAGACCGCUCCUCGAAAUCAGAAUCCAACUCUCGGGGAGCAGAUAGAAUAGAGCGAGGAAGCAGAGACGGCCAACAAUCCACGGGAAAAAGCGAACAAUACACCAUCGACACAACAAACAUCCUCUUCGUCUUCGCCGGCGCCUUCGUCGGCCUCGAAAAGAUAAUCUCCUCGCGCCUCUCAUCCGGAUCAUCCAUCGGAUUCGGCGCCCAGCUCAAAUCCCCCUCCCCAUCAAACCAAAAGAAGAAGAAACAAGAACCCAAAAUCCUCGAAGCAGUAACACCCACAGACCUCCAAACCUACGGCCUAAUCCCCGAACUCCUAGGCCGAAUCCCAAUAACAGUCGCCCUCUCCCCGCUCUCACUCCCACAACUAGUAUCCAUCCUAACCGAACCUAAAAACUCCCUAACAAAGCAAUUCAUAGCCCUAUUCCACACCUACGGCAUCCAGCUUAAAUUCACGACGGGUGCUUUACACGCUAUUGCUGAACGCGCUUUACCUCCUACUAAGGGAGACGCGGGGAAAGGAGGAGGAGGAGGAGGGGGCAUAGGGGCUAGAGGUCUAAGGUCGAUUCUUGAGGCUGUGUUGGGGGAGACUAUGUUUUGGGGUCCGGGGUCGGCGAUUAGGUUUUGUCUUGUUGAUGAGAAGUUUGUUCGGCGUGUAGGGAGAGGGGUUGUGGGGGAAGAUGGUGGGCAGGGAGAAGAGCAAGGAGAAGAUGAACAUAAGAUGCCACGCUGCUGGUCUCGAGGGCAAGGGCGGGCAUUUGAAGAGGCGUACGAGGUUGAAGAGGAGGAAUGGAGGGUUCGGCAUGAAGGUGCUGGUGCUGGUGAAGGAAAGGGUGAAGAUGCCUCUUUUGAGCGCUUAAGGAGGGUGGGUAGUAGUGGGAUGUAAGUAAAUAGGCAGGCAACGGCGAAUGGCGUUAUGAAUGAAUGAGCAGGAAUAGUAGAUACACAACAGGACAAAUCAUCACAGUAUCCAAUGCCUGCCCAGAUUCAGUUCAAUUUUCUCGAAAAUCUUUUCCUUUCUCUAAACAAGCGCGCAGUUGACUGACUAUCUUUGUACAAGUUAUUCAUCCAUCCCCUCCUCCAAUCUUCCCCCCUAAGGUAAGGUUGAGACUUUUCCGCUUAUGCACAAACGACCCCUCCCCUCCCCUCUCUGGGACAAAUGAAAAUGUGGUUGGUGUUCUGCGUACGGAGGAGAGGAACCUAUUCCUUCUUCUUAGGAGCGCUUUGCACCAUUC